AUGAUUGCCAACUUGAUCGCGGCCCUAGAUAGAGCUAUGUCCAAGAAGAUAAAGGUCAAGGAGGAGAUGAAAAAAGUGAAAGCUAAACUUGACAAGGCUAAAGAUGAGGAGAUAAAAGAACUCAAGAAAGAUGCUGCCAAUAGCUUGUGGAAGGCUUCAAGAACCUCCAAGGGAAGAUUGAGAAAAAAUUUCCCAAGAUGGAUAUCAAUCCUUCGUGCUAGUUUUAGGAUAAGGUGGGAGUUGGAGGCGACAGGGGAUUACUCUUUGACAAAUGGGGGUUCCUUUAUGCCGCCAAGGGAAGAGUAG